CGGAUUAUCAAUAAUUCAGUAUCGUCUUUAGUUUAAUAUAAUAACACCAUGGAUGCUGUCGCCUACCUUCAGGAUGCGCAGGAUCAGAGUUGGGUAUUUAGAAGAUAUAGGGAGGAGGGAUUGGACUAUCAGUCUUCGGUAAAACAACUAUUUGGAUUCAGGCACAUUGUUGGGCACAUACAACUUCCAGCUCAAGGCAGUCCACAAAUUUUUUUUGGCAAUCGACCUAAAAUGAAAAAACAUCUCGCCAACUUCAUGGAACGUACACCCUUGGCACUUGGUCAAUUAAACAAUUUAGACUUUUCAGGAACGAGAAACAUUCAAGAACGAUUUGAAGAGUUCACGGAUUGGUUUGGACAGGAUCAUCUUAACGAGUUUAAGAGGUCGCUAGGGUGGGGAGGGAACGGUAUAACAUGUCUCUAUUCACGGAACACUUACGGGUCGAUAGACACGGCGCCGCGGGAGUUUAUUGUCAAAUUCCCAGUACAUCAUAGAACAUCUAGAGCCCUUGUACUGGAAGUGCAUAAUACAAAGAAACUCAAAGGCUCGGCACAUUGCAUCAAGCUAAUCGAACCAGAAGACAUUGGCAAGUUCGUAGACACGAGUCCUCCAUUGGUACUUUCAGAUGAUUUAAGUUCCCAAGAGAGUUCAAGUGGGGACGAAAGCACUGUUGAAGGGACCGAUAGAUAUAAUCCGGAAUACUGGCGAAAUGUGCGGGAGGAGCGACGAAAGAAAAGAAUAGGGACUACCAGUAAUCCACCUCAAGGGGUGAAAAGAAAACGACAAGCGGGUAAAGAGCCGAUUUGGGAUUUUAUGAUCCUUGAGUACAUGGAACAUGGGGAUUUACAAGGGCUCAUUUCUAAGCUGGCGCAUGAAAAGAAUAAAGGCACAGGGUCUUUGGGGAAGGUCCCUAAUACUGUUCUCUGGUCUUUUUGGCUCUGUCUUAUACGGGCUUGCAUUGCGAUGGAGUAUCCUCCACGGAAAUUCCAUCCCAACCGAGACAGAUCCGGAACGAGGCUCGGAUUAUUUCAGCGCAUCUCUAAUGGCGCGUCUGGAAUACGGAAUCUGCUGAGCCUUAAAUCCAGUGGACGCUCCCCUACACACGAAGAGCUUGCCGAUAACAUAAGAUCGCGGGGGAAAGGCGACCUUACCGAAACUAUCCCGACCGGCUUCAGGGCCUCUAGACGACAGAAUUUCGUCCAUUUCGAUAUUGAUCCGACAGACGUGUUAAUUGGUGGGCUUGAAUUGGAUGCCGAUGGGGUUGACUCCUGGGAAGAGGCCCGUCGAGAAUCACAAGCGAAUAGGGGCUCUGCGGGAGAACCGAUUCCAAUAUCAGAUGUUCAAUACUUGGAAAGAAGAAUGGACAGAGUACACUUUGAGCACGAACUAGUCCCAAAACUUAAAAUGGCAGACUUUGGAUUAUCGGAUAAGGUCAAAACUUUUAAGCGCAAUGAUCGACGGCAUAGGUGCAAACAUGGUUUCUAUGCACCAGAACAAUUCGGCGAAGAGUGGGAUCAUAUACCCCCUUUGAAAGACGGACUCCAUCUCGCGAAUUCAAAAGUUGCCGGAAACUAUGGUCCUCAUACGAAUGUCUGGGGCAUCGCAUGGGUUAUGUGGAUGCUCAUUACUAAAUAUACUCCACCCACUCCCCCAGAAGCCCAAAUACCCUACGAUCUAGAUGUCAACAUUAAUAUUGACGACGACUCCGACGUUGAUAAUCCCUUUGACCCGCAUGAGCGCCACGAAAACAUCCAUUCUCAGUUACCAGAAGGUGCGCGGAUAUCUUAUUGCCCAUAUAUUAUGGACCCGGCAUCUGCGGACUCCUAUGCCUGGGCCGAUAAGGACCUCCGAGAAAGGGUAUAUCAAUGUAUGUACCAUCGCCCUCAAGAUCGCCCCACUUUAGAAGUCCUAUUGAAAGAGGCCGAAGAGAAAGUCCAGAAUGGUGUAGGCGAAGACCACCAGCCCCCAGUUUUGCCUCCAUCUGUCCCUCCAGGUUCCCCUCCAGCUCAGGGAGGUCUUUUUGAAAUACAGAAUAUCAUGAGCGGUCUCUUGCUCGGCAGCGUGCCAACGGAAGCCCCCGGUGGAAUUCCAAACAAGGCCGGCCAGGAUAAAGACAAAAUUGAUAAGGAUGAAGAGGAAGACCCCAUGCAAGCACUAGGUCUAUACGACCGGGUGCCCGAAGACGCCGCUAAGAGGCGGUUCCAAAGAAAAUUCCCUGGCCAGUUGUGGAGAAUAGGUUACAAUGGAGAAGGUGUACCACCGUCUAGGCGAGGUUUCAUGGCGAUGAUUUAUAGCUUAAGAGCUCAAUUCGGGUUACCAAGCCAUAUAAGACGGCCAAACUCCACCGACCUACUCGGCAUAUAUCAAGAACUAUGGGAUAGGGGGGACUUUAACCGUGUAAUGAACACAAUCACGGCAAACGGAGAGACGAGAGAAAAUGGCCCCAGGGAGCCGGAGCUUUUAGCUGCGGUUUUGAGUGAAUGGGCACGGCGCAACGGGCUACGGGUGAAUUUAGGGGUCCUGUAUAGAUUCAAUCGAGAGCCGCCCAAACAGAAGACAUCGAGUCAAGGGAAUCUAGGAACAAUUAUAUACGACGGCAAGUUUCAGCACCCUAAGGUGCUGUGGAUAUAUAACCAAGGCAAUAACCAUUGGACGAGCGUCGAAGAAGAAACAGGCGAGGCUUAG